CUCACGAUCUGGAUAAGUUUGUUCGUAACAAAUAAAUUUAACUAACAUGACAAAAAUAGUAUUAAAACAAAAAAUGCAACCCAAUUUACUUUGGAAAGACUUCAAACCAAAGGGAAUUGAGAAAAUGUGGUCUAUAAGCAAUACCAUUAUCGCCUUCAACCAAAUCACACCAAACAUAUAUAAUUUUUCAUGAUUCAUUCAUUCUUCAUCUCACUACAAUCACAAAACAGCGAUUACUAUUAGAUAACAUCAUAAGAUAGAAGGUUAACAACUACGUUUUGGAACGUAUUCGUUACAUUCUAUAGAGAGAAAAAAAUGUAUAAAUAUGAUAUUACCCAAUUAGUUUUCUCUUGACUCUUGAGAAUAUCAUCAAAAAACACCUUAUGAGCAAAUGGCUUAUUUUCACCUACUUAUCUCUCUUCUCAUCUUCAUUACCUUCAAACCUUCAAUCUCCGUCGUCCCUGAUCCAACAACACAAAACCUAAUCAACAGAAUCUGCAAACAAACAAUCGAUUUCAAGUUCUGCAACCAAGCAAUCACGUCACAGCUAAUCAGAAGACAAACCUCGAUCAAAACAAUCGCGAAACUAACCGCGGCUAAAGCUUGGAUCAACGCGAUACAAACGCUAGAUAACAUAGAAGGUACUCUUCUUCCGAAAGCGAAAGAUCGUAGAGACAAAACAGAGUUCGAUGCUUGUAGGAAAGCUUAUAAGUUGGUGGAUGCUCAUUUAGACAACGCGUUGAAGUAUUUGUAUUUACGAGACUAUAGGUUCAUGAGAGCGUAUCAAGCUCUUGCGCUUGUGAAUAUUUCCAUGUGUAGGACGAGUUUUUUUUAUCCGACGCCUAUGGUUUAUGCGAAUUGGAACAUGAAGAUGUUGACGGAUAUUGCGAUUUAUGCUGGCAAGAUUCUUGCUCCUCCUCCUCCUCUUAGGAAGAAGAACAAGACGCCAUGAAAGCCUAUCAUUUUUUAAACCCAUUAGCUUUUGUUCUCUUUUAUUAUUCAAUCGAUUAUAGUAUUUUUCUGAUUUAUUUCAAAAAAAAAAUCCAAAAUUUUUCAUACAACAGUGUUUUUUUGUUUGUUAUUUAGAGGGGAAAUAGGGUCAGUCAACGUUAUCUGUACUUCUAUCUUUUCUUUGUUACAUAUUUUUUUAUUUUAAAAAAUGGAGUGCGUCUUAUUUU